AUGUCGGACCGAGAGAGCGGCGAUGAUCAGCCCCAGAGUCAAAGGCAAGCUUCAAAUGGAGCUACAGGUUCUGAUUCUGGUCAACAACAGCAAAGCAAUGAGCAAGAGCUGGCCACCAAAAUGCUUCAAAUACAAUCAAAACGCUUUUACUUAGAUGUUAAACAAAAUAGAAGAGGAAAGUUUAUAAAAGUCGCUGAAAUUGGAGCUGAUGGUAGAAGAAGUCAAAUUUUUUUGGCUUUGUCCACUGCGGCCGAUUUCAGAGAUCAUCUUGGUACUUUCAGCGAGUUUUAUUCACAAUUAGGACCGCCCAAUCCAGAUACCGUUCCUGAAGAUGGAAAAUUGAAGUCCGAAAUGAUGAUCAAGGACAACCGUCGUUAUUAUUUAGACCUAAAGGAGAACGCUCGUGGAAGAUUUCUUCGUGUCUCCCAGACCAUAACUCGUGGUGGCCCACGUUCUCAAGUUGCUAUCCCAGCGCAAGGGAUGAUUGAGUUCCGUGAUAACUUGACAGAUCUAUUAGAUGAAUUUGGUACAGAUGAUGGUGGCUUCAAAGGUGACUUGCCUGAUGGUCGUCACAUGAGGGUUGAUAACAAAAAUUUUUAUUUUGAUGUUGGCCAAAAUAAUCGUGGCAUUUACAUGCGCAUAUCGGAGGUAACAACUACGGUUAAAGGAAACUUUAGAACGGCAAUCACUGUGCCAGAAAAGUCAUGGUCCCGCUUCCGCGAUUAUUUCAGGGACUAUUGCGAAAAGAUGGCUGAGUGCAACGAAAAAAGCACUACAGCAACAACUUCAGUGCCAGCUGAAAGUGUCAGUCCACAAUAA